AGAUCUGUAGUAAAGUGUCUGUGCUGUCUUAUUAUGAUUGUCAGUUAUUUAAAUCUGUUCUUAUCUUUCAGUUAGGGCACAAAGUCUCAGCUCAGCAAGGUUUUGUCAUCUAUGUUAGCUAUCCAUCCUGACAAACCAGCUUUGUGGAUAAUGGCUGCUAAGUGUGAAAUGGAGGACAGGAACUCUUCAGAGAGUGCCCGGCAUCUCUUCCUCCAUGCCUUGCGCUUUCAUCUUGAGAAUAAGAAAGUCUUUCAGGAGUAUUUCCGGAUGGAGCUCUUGCAUGCUGAGAAACUGAGGAAACAGCAGCAGGAGUUGGAACAAGCUAAAAUAUAUGUGACGGAAAUCUUGAGUGGAAAACUUGCUGAGGUGGUGUACAGAGAUGCUGCACAAAAAAUUAAAGGGGCUGAAUUCAUCUUGUCGCUGCUACAGAUUGCUGCCAUCUUUGACUUCACAAAGGAGCUACAGGACACCAUCCUGCAAGAUCUGCAGAGUCAGUAUGUUGAUGACUGCACGAUGUGGGAUUUCAUGGCUAAGCGAGAGCUGGAUGCUGCUGGGGCCCCGGAGCUCCAGUCUGCGAAAGGAAGAGCUUCUGAUACAGAUCGCAGAGAAGAACGUUGCUGUGUCGUUUAUGAGGAGGCACUAAAGAGCCUUAAUACAGAGGCCAUGUGGACAUGUUAUGUCACAUUCUGUCUUGAGAGAUAUAAGAGGAAGACAAACGUCACUCAACUCAAGGAAAAGAGAAGGGAACGAUUACUCAGAGUCUUACAGAAUACUCAUGAUGCCAAGCUUUUGCAAGAGACAUUCUACAAGAACUGGCUACAGGUCCUGUUGACGUCAGGGGAUACAGUAUCUGCUACCCAGGUCGCCAUCACAGCCACCCAGCGCUUCAGCCAAUCAGUGGAGAUGUGGAGCUUCAGCCUCCAGACAUUGGUCCAUCUGGAGAGCACAGAGGCGGGACAUCUAUUCCAGGAAGCCCUGAAACACGUGAAUCCCAAGGAAAGUCUGCCAUUAUGGCAGCUGCAGGCAGAUUGGAGCAUGACCUCACAGAUACCAGAGGACACAGAGACCUUUUUUCAGAACGGGCUUCUGUCUCCAGUACCUGCAGUGUCAUCUGCCAUGAAGGAAAAAUACCUUGAAUGGCCAUAUAAAACUGGUGGUUACAAAAGGGCUAGAAAAACAUUCACAAGCUUACAUGAACACAGACCCUUCACGAAGACAUUCUUCAUGAAGAUGAUUGAGAUUGAAAAAGAGCAGGAGACACCAAAGAUGAGUAACCUGAGAGACUACUAUGAGCGAGCGCUUCGUGAAUUCGGUUCCUCAGAUGAAGAUCUCUGGAUGGAAUACAUCAAGGAAAAGCUGGGAAGCCACGGAAACCCAGAGAACUGUGGGAAGCUCCACUGGAGGGCUGUUAAGACCCUGGAGGGCGAAAGUGUUGAGCAUUUUACUACGAAGUACACACUUCUGCAGACUGGGCACAUGUAAAACCAGUAUGAAUCUUCAAUGUGUUUUCUGUAUUGUUCAUAUUUGGACCACAAACUGGCUUCAGUGAUUUCGCUUUGAAAAGCCCAAUUUCCCGGUCCUUCUGAAGUUUUUCAAACAUGCUGGUGCGUAGACAUUUGCACUGUUCUGUUGUUCCAGUAAUAAACAUUUUAUGACAUUG